GCAGCCGGGCAAACGGAGGUGACGACAGCACCUCUCUCCGCCUGCCGAUCGGCUGUGAUGUAAUGCGCCUAGGCGCGGCGCGUGACGUAGUCGCUGGCGGGUGGAUUUGAAAUUUGGGAGGAAGGAGCUGCCGCGGCGCCAUUAACGUUUAGCUACAAUGAGACGAAGCUCGAGUACUACCGGGAGUAGUAGUCGGCAAUCUGUGAUGGCACUGAGAGUACAGGACACCAACAAGAUGGGUCUCCAAACACCUCAGAUGAAGGACAGAGGAACAUUUGGGAAGCUGAGCAUGAGCAAACCUACAUCUGGAACUUCCGAAAGAAAAGUCAGCUUUUUUGGCAAAAGAACUAGCAGUGUUGGAGGUUCACGCAACAGUCAGUAUGGUGUGUUUGGUACAGAAAAGAUCAAGGAUCCCAGGCCACUUCAUGACAAGGCAUACAUUCAACAAUGUAUCAAACAGCUUUGUGAGCUUCUUGUUGAGAAUGGUUAUGCCCAUAAUGUCUCCAUGAAAUCACUACAGUCUCCCUCUGUUAAGGAUUUCUUAAAAAUCUUCACUUUUAUCUAUGGAUUUCUCUGCCCUUCUUAUGAGCUGCCUGAUUCAAAAUUUGAAGAGGAAAUUCCCAGAGUUUUUAAAGAGCUUGGGUACCCUUUUCCUUUGUCAAAGAGCUCCAUGUAUACAGUGGGAGCACCACACACAUGGCCUCAGAUUGUCACAGCUUUGGUUUGGUUAAUUGAUUGUAUCAAGCUGUAUUCUGCCAUAAGGGAAAAUGCACCAUCGUUUGAUGAUGGACAGAGCUGGGGAGGAGAGACAGAUGAUGGAAUUGUACAUAAUAAGCUUUUCAUGGACUACACUGUGAAGUGCUAUGAGCACUUCAUGAAAGGAGGAGAUACUUUUGAAGAAUUUGAUGCAGAAGUACAGUCAAAAUUAAAGGAUUUAUUUAACAUAGAUGAAUUCCAGAUAGAAGGUUUAGCUGCAGAAAACAAAAGGCUUCAUGAAGAGAUUGCAAGACUAGAAAAAGAAAGGGAAAGUGAGCCGGAUCGUUUAGUAUCACUGCGAAAGUUGAAAUCUUCAUUGCAAGCAGAUGUCCAGAAAUACCAGGCUUAUAUGGCAAAUCUGGAGUCUCAUACAGCCAUACUUGAUCAGAAGAUGAAAGGUGUUAAUGAAGAAGUUGAGACAGCAGAAAUGGAAGUAGAAGCAAUGAAGCAGGAAAACGCCCGACUCCAGUACAUCUUUGAUAACCAGAAGUACUCAGUUGCGGAUAUUGAGAGAAUAAAUCAUGAGAGGAAUGAGUUGCAGCAAACCAUCAACAAACUGACUAAGGAACUGGAAGCAGAAGAACAUCAGCUGUGGAAUGAGGAGCUAAAAUAUGCUAGAAAUAAAGAGGCGAUUGAAACACAACUGGCAGAGUAUCAUAAACUAGCUAGAAAGCUGAAAUUAAUUCCAAUAAGUGCUGAGAAUUCCAAAGGCCACGACUUUGAGAUUCAGUUUAAUCCUGAGGCUGGACCAAAUUGCCUAGUCAAAUACAGGACUCAGAUUAAGGCUCCCCUUAUGGAGAUCAUAAACCAGACUGAGGAAGAAAUUAGAAAAGCUACUCACCGGAAAAUGAGUUUAGAAGAUACUUUAGAACAGGUGAACACAAUGAUAGAGGAGAGGAAAAGCAGUGUGAAAAUGCUGAAAGAAGAAGCUGAAAAGCUGGAUGAUCUUUACCAUCAGAAGCUUAAGGAGGCAGAAGAAGAAGAGCAAAAAUGUGCAAAUGAGCUGGAAUUGUUAGAGAAGCAUAAGCACUUACUUGAGAGUGGUGUUAAUGAAGGUCUCAGUGAAGCCACAAAUGAACUGCAUGAUAUUCAGCGACAAUACCAAGUUGUCAUGCAAACAACAACAGAAGAGAGCAGGAAAGCAGGCGAUAACUUGAAUCGUCUUCUAGAAGUGAUUACUACUCAUGUAGUAUCUAUAGAGAAAUAUGUUGAUGAACAGAAUGUGAAAAUUGACAGAGACUAUGAAGAAUUCAUGUCUGAAGAUCUAUUGUCAACCUUGACCAGAAUUCUAGACAGCUACAAAAGGAAGGCUGAAAGUGUGUAAUUACCAAAAGAUGAAAAUUUUGGAUUUGUGAAGCUCUGGUAUGGGGUCUGUUAAAGGAUGGGCACUUCCUGUGUUUAUCAGUUAAAUUGGUUUUUUGAGUUUAAAGAAAUGUUUGUGAACUUCCUUUGAAUGACAUGGAUAUAUUAAAGGAUUAAACAAUAUGUUUGCAAAUUUUUUUAAAGGCUUUGUUUAUACUUUCUCCUCACAGUGUAUUUAUGCAAGAUUACAAAUGCCUGUGUCAAGACAACUGUGAAACAAUUUAACUUUGAUUUUUCUUUAUAACUGUGCACUUAUAGGAAUAGUAAGGCAAGAGUUCCAUCAGACUGUUAAAAUAAUAAGCCAGAGCACACUUAGAGAUGGGACUGCAAGUGACAGCACAAUGCAGAGAGUACUGUCGAUUUGAAAUCCUGCUGCUCAAAAGUAACUACCUAGUAAUCUUACAGGUUUACAAAAACUACUACUAAGUGGGAAAAGGGUUACACUUUCCUUUUUGGAGUGUAGUUUGUACAUUUGGUAGUACAUAUACAGUAUACAUUUAGACAGACAGUGCAUGUCCCUUCCAAAGCCUUAAAGAAAGUUUAUCAGCAAGACCAAAUGUAAAUGUCUUCCAGUCUCCUGCCUAUUUGCUGUUAUCUAUGUUAUCUAAACUGCCCAGAGACACCUCUCACAUGAAUAAAUUUUUUUUUAAUCAAAAGCCUAUUUGAAAAGAUAAGCAAUAGUUAUAGAGCAGUCUUGUAUAUGUCUAAAGAAUGAAAGAUUAGUCAGUUUGAAAACUAAGUUCUGUCUCUAACUGCUCAUAAUCCCAGAUUAAACUUUAAUGUAAGUCCUUAAUACGUGUACCAGAGAGAGAUGUAGGUAGACAUCAUAUGAAUUCUGGCAAUAUAGUUAUUCAGUUUUAGAUGUAGUUAAUGUCGGAUACAUCAAAAUAUUCUAAAAUAAGCCUGUUGUUGUUAAGCUGGUAGGACAGAUUCUAUCUGAUAUUCUUUCUCGGGAAAGUAGCAGUAAAGUUAGUGUACAGGAAGAUCCAGUCCAAAUAUAUAGAAGAAAAUGUAACCCCAUCUCUUUAAUAUGGAUUUUUCUUUCCUACUCAAUGCCAUGUUGGAAAUAGAAGUCAUAUCUGCUUGUCUACUCUGUAUAUACUUUUUUUUUUAGCAGCAUGUAUUGUCUUGGACAGUCUAAUUUAUGAUGGUAUUUUGUAAUUAAAAUAUUGAUGUAUUUGAAGUUUUGACUGGAGUUCAGUGACAAAUAUCAUUGAUUUAAACAUACAAUAAUAAAACAACUCUGCAGUCUGUUCAAAUGGUGCUUAUACUUAUAUAAAGUUUUUCUGAGGCAGAUACCUAAGUAAAGUUACUCAUUAAUUCCACAAUUAGACAAAAUAUUUGAGUGAAACAGAUCUAUAGGAUGCACAACAAAAUUUAGGUUAGAACCUCUGAACACAGACUGCAUUGUCUUUAUUUUAAUUUCUCACAAAUGGAAUUGUCUUUAAUUCUAGAUGUUUUUUCCAGAGUGUAUAUAAAACUUAGUUGUCCUUAAUACAGUGUGAAUCUUUGGCUCCAGUAUGAGUAUUUUGUUUCAGACAUUAUGGUAGUGACAGCUAUAAUUAAAUUUCUAAGUUUCUGUUCUUUUGCUACUCUCCAGAAAUUUAAUUUGACAGCUACAAAAGCUUUCUGACAAGCAGAGAGUAGUUCUGCUUUCUUCUGUUCUCCUCUAUAAUUUUACCUUUACAAAAUCUCUUUUUCUUUAAAAACCUAACUCUUAUCAAAUCUGUUUCUUCUUUUCAGAAGUUUUCUUCUUUUGUCAGUUUUCUAACACUUAUUUUCUCUACAGCAAUGUCCUUAAUUGAGAGGUGUGAAACAUACAGAACAACCAUCAUGUGACCCAAUUUCCUUUAAAAUAAGUGUUCAUUUUGGGACCAUGCUUUUUCUUGGCUUUCUGAUGCGUAUUUGUCUCUGAUUCUGUAACUGACUGUCUUUGUGUGUAUUAGUAUCUGUAGCUUCUUUGCCAUGUGACCUUCCUUCAUGUACGGGUAAACAUAAUAUUCUGAAAUUAAAAUAGCCUGAAUAGUAAAAGUCCACAUUUGUAAUGUUAGCAACAUGUUUUUAUUAUUGGGCUAAGCUAUCAGCCCAUAUGUCAAAUAAACUGCAUUGACUUUAGAAUCAGCUGAGGCUCUGACCUAAGUUCUGUAAAAUACUAUGGAGAUUUUUUUAUGUCACCAUCUAACUUACAGAUGUUUUGUUUUACUAACAUCAGCUGAUGUCUGUUAGGUAAUACUACUUUGGAUUUUAAAACAGAAGGUAUUUUUCAGCACUUCUUUAAUGUAGGGCUCCUGUGGGAGUUGGCUACUUUGUUUUUUAAAUUCUUUGCUAUUCCAUUAUUUUUAGUUGUUUUUCUAUAAUAGAGUUUCUACCACCUAUCUGGAAGGUUUGCAAGCUACUUGAUAGGCUUUAUUCUUCUAAGGGAGGUUUUAAUCUGGAACAUGGCUUUUAAUUUUAUGCAAUAGACACUAGAACUUAAUUACUGCUCUUAAUCUAUGAUUUUUUUUUCUUUUAACCACAAUAUAAGGUCUUAAUCAGAAACAUCUAACACUGCUACCUGCAUAUUUCAGUGUUAUGAGUAGUUUGUAAUCUUUUGGCUUUUGUAUAGAUACAAUUCCCUCAUUUGUUGCUAAUGUAUCUUUUGUACAGUUCACUAGAUUAAUAUGCCUUAAGUUUAUGUAUUCUGUAUUCAAUAAAAUUUCCUUGAAACCUA